GCAUGCCGCAAACGCGCGUGUGUUUGGUUGGAAAAAGACACGGAAAGACAAUAACAUGACCCUAGAGUCCAUUAUGGCGUGUUGCCUCAGUGAAGAGGCCAAGGAAGCGCGGAGAAUCAACGACGAGAUCGAAAGGCAGCUGCGCAGAGACAAGAGAGACGCACGACGGGAACUCAAACUGUUGCUCCUGGGCACCGGGGAGAGCGGGAAGAGCACCUUCAUCAAACAGAUGCGGAUCAUUCAUGGAGCGGGAUACUCGGACGAGGACAAACGCGGCUUCACCAAACUGGUCUAUCAGAACAUCUUCACCGCGAUGCAGGCCAUGAUCCGCGCCAUGGAGACGCUGAAGAUCCCGUACAAAUACGAGCACAACAAGGCCAAUGCAAACAUCGUGCGGGACGUGGACGUGGAGAAAGUGUCUAUGUUUGAGAAUCCAUACGUCGACGCCAUCAAGAGUCUAUGGAACGACCCGGGGAUCCAAGAGUGCUACGACCGCAGGAGGGAGUACCAGCUCUCAGACUCUACUAAAUAUUACCUGAACGCUCUGGACCGGAUCGCGGAGCCGGCCUACCUGCCCACGCAGCAGGACGUCCUCAGGGUCCGAGUGCCCACCACGGGCAUCAUCGAGUACCCCUUCGACCUGCAGAGCGUCAUAUUCAGGAUGGUGGACGUGGGGGGUCAGAGGUCAGAGAGGAGGAAGUGGAUCCACUGCUUUGAGAACGUCACCUCCAUCAUGUUUUUAGUGGCUCUGAGCGAGUACGACCAAGUGCUGGUGGAGUCCGACAACGAGAACCGCAUGGAGGAGAGUAAAGCUCUAUUCAGGACCAUUAUCACAUACCCCUGGUUCCAGAACUCCUCCGUGAUCCUGUUCCUGAACAAGAAGGACCUGCUGGAGGAGAAGAUCAUGUACUCACACCUGGUGGACUACUUCCCCGAGUACGACGGCCCUCAGCGAGACGCCCAGGCUGCGCGGGAGUUUAUCCUGAAGAUGUUUGUGGACCUAAACCCAGACAGUGACAAAAUCAUCUACUCCCACUUCACCUGCGCCACCGACACUGAAAACAUCCGCUUUGUGUUCGCCGCGGUCAAAGACACCAUCCUGCAGCUCAACCUGAAGGAGUACAACCUGGUCUAGACUCAGGCUCCAAACCAAGUCCCGCUCCAGUGGUCCACCAGUGUUCGUUCAUUUGCCGUUUGUUGCUCUGAGGAGCUCGUGAAAAGCUUUGGGGAGAUUUUGUGGUUUAAAUACACAGCUCUGACCCUCUCCUUUUGGGGUUUUGAAGUUACGUUUGGGAUUACUUUCUCAUGGAGGGACUCGUGAGUGGAACAUCUGGCUCCUCCUCCUCUUUUUUAUAAGUCCUUCCUGUGUACCAACUCCCCCUGAUGGACAGAAGUCGCUAAUUACUCGGCAUAAACUGUGAUUUUUAAAUUAUUUCUUAAUGAUUUCUUCUUGAUUCAGUCAUUGAUUCAUUUCUGAACUUUGGUACAUCUGUUUUGCGGCGCCUCGAAGCACAGCUGAGGUGAAACUAUCUUAGGAAUAAGAGUCCAACACUAAAACUAGCUUUCACAGGAGCGCUAGUGCUAACUGCUAACUGAAAGGCAGUGUUUAUUUAUGAACAGUGCUGUACAAUUGUUUAACUGUGCCACAUAUUGCUUUUUAUUCUGGUAGUAUGUAUAUUUAUUGCCAAAACCAAAAUGUCAGACUCCACUUUUGCGCUGUUUAUGACAAAGUAUUUACGAGAAACAUGCAGGGCUAGCCAACCGCUAACAGUGAUUUUUACGUUCCACUUGAAGGCUCUAUCCAAGCGAUGUACAAUUUUUAAGUAUUUGCAAAAAGGUAUUUUAUCCAACGACUCGACCGUCGAAUCAACCCCUCCCGUCCUUUUUCUGAAAACACUAACGCUAAAGAUGCACUAUGUAACUUUUCUGGUGGAGCUGCAGAUGUUAUUGCUUUGUUUUUGGUGUUAAAAAAAUCCAUUGAAAAUCAUGCUCUCCACAGAUCUGACGUGUAACUCGGCCUGGUGGCGUCACCUACUUGUCUCCGUGGAGAUAAAUUCGGUGUCGUACUGUGAAACAUUCUGGGCGGAGCAGGUGGCGCCCCCUUCACUACAAAAGUUACAUAUCGUCCUCUUUGAGUAGAAAUGACGUCACAAUUAUGAAACAAAAUGGGUUGUUUGAGUUUGUACCAAAGUAAGACAGUUAUUACAUUUUGUCACAUUGGCGUAAAAUCGAUUUUUUUACCAUAAAAUCCUGUAAGUUCCGUUUAACUGAGGCAUAGUGCAAUUCUGAACGCUCUAACCAUUGUACAUACAUCUCUAUAUAUACGGCAGCAUCUUGUUGGCUUUGUAAUCACAACUUUUUUGGCAGAUUUGAAUGUGCGGUAUUGAAAAAUAUGUAUCUGUGUAACUGUACUGUAUGUCUAACGGAGAAUUCAUUUUUGAAAGACGGAAAUGUUAUUGUUUUAUUUCCCUUUUUUAAGAGGAGAAUGUAAAUUUUGUGUACAUUUUUUUUUUUUUUUUCAAAUUUUUAUUUCACAGCAAAGGAAUCAGAAUUCAAAAGUGCAAAAUGGCAACUAGAAUUAUAAUGUUAACCACACUGAAGUAUGCCAGUAUAGUGUCCUGUUUUGUUAAAUGGAUUUUUAUAUGAAAGUCAUUACAAAGUGAAUCCAAUGGACAGGGCUAUUGUAGUGUUGUACUUGUAAACAUAUUGUUUUUUAUUACACGCUUUAUUAAUGCUUUGCUGGAGCACUGCACAUUUUGUACCUGCCCCACACUCUGCCAUUUUAGACCAGUUUGAAACAUCUGUGCCAGAAGAAAACCCAAAAGUGCAGCUGCGACAAGUUAAGAACAGAUGAGCCACUGAGACGAGAAAAAACACUGUUCUAGAUCGGUUAAAAUGACUUGAAAUCCACAUCACACAUUUGUCCUGGUUUGGUCCAUUUUAGUCCUGAUGAAGACCAAGGGAAGGUCCUGGUCUAGUCCAGGUUUAGUUCUGGUCUAGUCCUGGUCUAGUCCAGGUUUAGUUCUGGUCUAGUCUAGGUUUAGUCCUGGUCUAGUCCUGGUUUAGUCCUGGUCUAGUCCUGGUUUAGUUCUGUGAUGGAGUCUUAGUUUCAGUAUUUUUCUCAGUUUAUUUUAUUUCUGGACCUUGAAUAUUUGACUUAUUUCGUUGUUUCUGACGUGUUUCUUUAAAUUACUCAAACACUUUUAUUAUUUAAAGGUAAAUUUUGACCAAAUUCGAUAAAAAAAUGGUCAGAUUGAAUUUUCCUUCACUUCGGCCUCUGUCCUUCGUCCCACUAUUUCUACAAUGUGACGUCACGUAUGUUGAAAAAAACUUAAACAA